GGGUUCAACUUGGUACAGUGGGAAAGAAAUUGAGAAACUGAGCAUAGCUUAACGCAUUGUGAAGUAAACUCACUCCAGAUGAGCUAGUGGCCACGAAACCCUGCAAUUUCUAUCUAUGGAAAAUAAUAUAGACUAACAAUAGCUGGAACUUGGAAAUGUAAUAGAUGGUAAAACAUCAAACUUAAUUGUAUCUGCGUAAUUACGAGGUAGCCUACAUUCGGCACAUGGAUGUGCCUUCAUUUAGAUCAGAAAUACAGACUCAGAUGACUUCAAAACAGAUUUUCACAAGGGCCCGCCAACAUCAUCUCGCAGGUAACAGAGAAGAGCAUCACUUUAGUGCGCGCCUUCACAUAACUUGCUCAAGAAUGCGGAAAAUAUGGGAGGGAUGUAAAAUAUCUACCGCAUUUAAACCAAUACUGUUGCUUGGGAUAGUGAUUGACACUUCUAGAUAGCCAAUUGACGUGCAUUUCGGCCUGAUGUGCGACAAGCCCCGUUCACGAGCCUUUAUAAGAACAAUUGACAGCGUGCUGACUGAUUGUACACGGCGAAGACUGGCCUAAAAUACCGUUUUUUUUUCAUGCAUAAUAUCUUAUCACACUCAACUGUCGUCAUGAAAGCAAUAAGCCCGGAGCGGUCUAUGAGGAACAACAUCUCCAACUCGUCGGAACAUACCCUCGGCAUCUCCCGGAGCAAGAGCCCGAUGGAUGACCCUCUGAGUCUGCUGUACAAUAUGAACGACUGCUACACAAUGCUGAAGGAACUCGUGCCCAGCCUCCCACAGAACGGGAACGUCAGUAAAAUUGAGAUAUUGCAGCAUGUUAUAGACUAUAUCUUGGACCUUCAGAUUGCACUGGACUCUAGCUCGUCCCUCUCCAGCUGCCAACAUCAGCAGCAGCGACUGGGACAGGGACAGGCAGCAUCACCCAGGAAUCCCCUAGCAACCAUCAACUCAGACAUCAGCCUCAUCACCUUUCAGUCAACUGACCACUUCCCCAAAGGGACAGAGACUCAUGACAGCUAAACUCUCCUUCACUGACUGGGUGUGUUUUAAACAGGACCUCAUGUUCCCCUCCAAUGGCUGGCUGGAUUUCCGCUUGAUUUAACUUUCAUUUGUCUUCCUAAAAGGAGAUGUGUGUUGUCGUUUUGACUUUUUAUUUAUCUACUGGCCUGGCUGAUAUCUUUUCUUCCAACUGAAGAAUGAUUCCUCAACAACGAUGGGAAGACAACGACAGACUGACUGAAAUUACAGUAUUGAAACAAGAUAUCUUUCCACAAGAGGAGAUAGCCUUUUCUUUUGGAAGUGGCACAUUACUACAGACAGACUAAUGGUCAGUCAAUGUAUAUAAAAUGUUAAGACAAUAUCAUGCCUGUAUAGUAGCUGAUUUGUUGCAGAGAAUAUAAAGAUGCAUUUUAUUGUACUGCGGCUUUCAAAGAAAUGUUGUAAAUUGCACUUUUAUACAAUAAUAAAGUAUAUUCCUUAUACUGUA